AUGGCUCCAUCUAUUGACACGGCGUUGCCAGCGGUAGCCUCUAAAAUCGCCAUCCCAGGUGCAUCCGAUCAACCUGUUGACCGUGUCAAGGACAAUGAGCUCAAAGAACUCAAAAUUGCCACCGACAUGGGAGCACCAGAUGUGUAUGUCGACAAUGAGAAUGACACUUGUUGGUACCAUUGGACAGGCACGAUCUGGGUGAAACCACUCCGCUUCGACAACAGAAGUGGUACAUAUGUUAUUGUUCUCAAGACAGAUCCACGAGCAGAGCUCGGCAAGCACCGGCAUCGAGGAGAAGUCAAGGCCUAUACCGUCAGUGGAAGCUGGGGUUAUUAUGAAUAUCCCUGGAAGGCCAAGGCUGGGGACUACAUCACCGAAAACCCCGGCACGAUCCAUACGUUGUGGAUGGGAAAAGGCGCUGAGGUUCUCUUCCACGUCAUGGGAUCGAUCGAGUUUUUCCAUGACGAUAACAGCCUGAGAGAGAUCAUGGAUGGCUUCAGCUUCUGGCGCAUGUACGUUGAGCACUGUGAGAAGAGUGGGAUCCAACCCAAUGAGAAGUUGUGGUAUUAG